UCAUCGAAAAACAAUGGCUUUUUAUGUCGGUCUUCUCUUCUUUCUCGUCUCUUCCGCCGCUGCUGCUUGUGAUCGUUGUGUUCAUCAAUCCAAAUCUGCUUAUUAUUACGAUGAUACACCUAUUCAACAUGGGGCGUGUGGAUAUGGCCCUUUGGCAUUUGAAUUGUCCAAUGGGUAUGUCGCUGGCGUUGUGCCUUCCCUUUAUAGACAAGGAGCUGGAUGUGGCGCCUGUUUCCAGGUAAGGUGCAAGAACAAGAGAUUUUGCAGCACUGCUGGAACUAAAGUGGUUGCUACCGAUCAAAACUACGAUAACAGAUAUGAUUUUGUUCUUAGUAAGAAAGCGUACUCCGCAAUGGCUUUAAAGAAUAAGACGAAAGAACUUUUGAAUCUUGGAACAAUCGACGUGGAAUAUAAAAGGAUACCUUGCACGUACAAAAACAAGAAUUUGAUGGUACGAGUAGAGGAAUGGAGCCAAAAGCCAUACUACUUGGCACUUAAGUUGGUAUACCAAGGUGGGCAGACAGAAAUAAAGGGCAUAGAAAUAGCUGAGGUUGGCUCUGAUAAUUGGGAAUCCAUGAAGAGAAACUAUGGUGCCAUUUGGGAUACCAACAAGGUUCUUGAGGGAGCAUUGCAGUUGAAAAUAGUUGUAGCUUCAAGGUACAACAAUGAGAACAUAUAUUGGGCAACCUACGACCUUCCCGAUGAUUGGAAGAAUGGAGAGAUGUACGAUACUGGAGUUCAAAUCGAUGAUAUUGUCAACCAAAAAUGUCCACCAAAGCAAUGUGGUGAUUUGCCAUGGAAGUAAUGCCCAAACGCUAUUGGUUCCAUAUAGUACUCGUG